AUGGCAGCUGAUAGUGCGAACAACCCCAACCUUCAUGAUGAACCAGUACGUCAACAGGUUAUGAUACGCCCAAGUGCUACUGCUAGCGCUACCGCUACGCAGAAUGACAACGAGUGUGGGAGACCCUUGAUGAAUGGGAUUCAGAACCCCUUGAGGGGCUCACAGGAUAUUGAUGAUGAAGUUGUGGCCGCGACGGCCGGAACUACUCCUAUGACUGGUCGUGAGGCUCCCAGUGCGGUGGGCGAUGCAGCUCCCGGCACGGGUCGAACUCAAGUGGCUUCAGCUUUUGGUGGUCUGUCUGGGGCGGAUUCCCAGCGGAAUCCUGUGGCGGAUUUGCGAGCCCCGGCAUCCGGCCUUUCAGCUGCCUUGCCGGGACCUCGUAGUCCUGCUGCGCCAAGUCAGGAUGGGCCAAGACCAUCUGCUCCACCCGGAGUUUUGACGGGUGUCCUAAGGGCGGUGCAAACCUUGCCGGCGACCAUGGAGAAUCUUGUGGCGAGGUCUACAGGAGGACGCUCUGGUCCAGGAACGCCUGCCCAACAUGACAGUGUGGAGUACGCUUCGGUGAGAUCCUCGGCUGAGCGGGGAUUACCGCCUCCGCCGCCGGAACCUACGCCAUCUGAUCCUUUGUUCGACGUGCCUACUCUGGUGAGAAUGCAGCAGAUGCAGGAAGCUGCUCCGCUGCUCUAUCCAGCGGCCUCGCUGGAAUUUGCCGGACCAUGCAUGUCAGCGGAACCAGUGGAUCAGAGGGGUUUCUAUGAGCGAGAGGGUAUGAAGUCCCUCCACAACCGCCACAUGAGAAGUGCCCUGGAUCGUGCAUGUGUGGCCACGGCAGGACUGGAGGCUCCUCCGAUCGCUCAAGCACCGGAGGCGGCUCCCUCGCAGGGAGUGGUUAGCCUCCCUGAGCUGCCUCCACAUGGGCCAGAGUCUUGCUUGAGUUUUGCGGAUUGGUUGCACGCCUCGAAACCCGCGUUAGCCGACAUUUCGGAUACUUCGGAGUCUUUGUGGACCACGACCAUAGCAGAGGCCAAGGAGUGGUAUGCUAACUACUUGAUCGAGACUAUGAUAAUAGCGGCGUCGCCCCAGGCGAUAAAGGACGAGUUGAGUGCUUCCCGGGUUAGAGCCUUGAGCAAGCUGACCAAAACGGUCCUCCAACAGAACCCCGAAGUGGCGUUCCGUGUGAAUCUCGCGAGGGCGUCACUCCAAAUCGACCUGAAUCCGGACGACGAGAAGGCUGGCACAAAGUUGGAUGAAGCUAAGGGUAAGGGUAAGGGAGCCAAGGGUGACACGAAUCAGCAACAGAUCAAGAGCCUCCUAGCUGAUGCAGCCUGGAUACUCCAGCAGUCAAUGCCUACAUCGCAGUCCGCCGGGGCAGAGCCGGCGCCUACUGCAGCGGCUGUUCAGGGCACGCCAGUCACGCUGGCUUCCCUGAGUGCUCAGUUGGACCAACGGGUAGAUCAUUUCAGGCAACGAGUGCAGAAUUUGGAGUGUCAACUGAGCGCCUUUGAUCAGUGCCCAGAUCCUACGGGCGCGUUGCGCUCGCUUGUUGAUACUGGAACCCGUGUGGAUGCGCUUAGGGCGUUCCUCGCGCAGCCUUACUUGGAGGCACUGCCCGAUGAGGACCCUCUUGAAGCGGCUACCAUUGAAACGGGUAAGGAGGUUGGUGGCCCAGGGAAUGUAGUUGAGUUCUCCCAGGGUGCGCUAGGAGAUGAGUACUUGAGACCAACAGCCUUGAUCACCAAUCUGGAUCUAAGCUAUCUCUCCUUCCUUAUAUCUUCUCACCUGAACGGGCAGUCUGCCUGUUGUGAGCCUCCCACCACUGAUGCUCCUUCCGUGGAGGUUGAACCUCUGGAGAUGGAUUGGGAGGGCCAGGCAUUACGCAGGGCCUUUGAGGUAGAAAGUGAUCUUGAUUGUGAUGAUGAGGAGGAGGUUUUGGGUGAAGACUUGUGUGUCAAGGAGGUUGAAGCACCUUCUCGGGCGCCGGCCGAUGGUGAGGACCCUAAGCUCAACCCUAAGGAGCUAGGCAUAACAGGUGCAGAGCUUGAGGGAUGGAAGCAGCAUUUGCGUAACGGCCAUCUCCCUUACCUUUGGGAUUGCCGGCAAUGCGUGGAGGGUUCAGGGCUAGGCGUAUUUCACAAGCGAGUUCGUUUCCCAAAGUCAUUUGCGUUGUCGGUUGAUCUCUUCGGUCCGGUUCCGGUGUCAGAGGCAGGACGGGAUGAGGGGUGUGUCACCAGCAAGUCAAUCCUUCGCUACGGACUAGUUGGUGCCUUCCGUGUUCCGAGGUCGGUUGUCCAGUCAACGAGUGGACCAAGUGGGGUUGAGGAUCUGUUUAAAGGUGAGGUCCCUCAAGCACCCCUAGAAGGGGACGAACUUGCCGAGUACGAACCUUCAAACGCAAGCGAUGAGCUGUUCCCAGAACUCUUUGCUUCGAACCCGGAUGCCAUUCAGCAGACUCCCGAGGAGCGGGAACCAGUGCCAGAUGCUGAGGUCAAGUCGGCAGAGGCCCCUGAGGUGUCUGUAUGGGACUCUGGUGAUCUUCCGGAGGAUCCGGUUGAGCUGGCAGGUUUAAUCAAGGAGUUGAAUGAGCCGGUGGACCAGGUAGUCUUGAGAUACUUCAUUCCGCUACGCACUAAAUCCGGUGUUGAGGUUGCAGAAGCCCUCCAACGAAUGAUCUUGGGAAUCAACCAAAGGUUCCCAGUGCAGAGCAUCCAUCAUGAUCCCGGCACCGAAUUUGGGUCAGCAGCCCUUAGUAAGUGGUUAGCCAACCACGGGGUAAGAGUUCAGCAUUCCCUACCCACAGAUAAGAGAGCUAAUGGCCUGGCAGAAAGGACAGUAGGUUGGGUCAAGUCCCGCAUCCGUACGUUGCUGAAUGGCGCUGGCCUUUCGGUGGGAUGGUGGCCACUAGCUGCCCGCUGGGCUGUUGCCAAGCACAAUCAACAUCUCUUGGGUGAGGCUGAUCUACCGGCCUUUGGGCAGCGAGUGUUGCACCGUGUGAAACAGCCGGCAGACGGCACAAAGCAGUUAAUGGAGCGCUGGAUUGAAGCACAAUAUGCAGCUCCGCACCGUUCGAUCACGGAUGGACAUGUGUUGAUCAAUGCAGCGGGCAAUUUAGAGGAGGAUGCCGGGGAGCCCGUGGACGCUUUGGUAGAUGAAUCGGGGGAGGUGGCCCAUGAGCUUUUGAUUUCCCAGGAUUUGAGCCUGAAGGGAGUCCACAAGGUUUUGAGUGCCUUUGCCCAGGAGGAGGAGAGCACAGGAGACAGGAGAGGUAUCGCUGAGGGAAAAUACGUCCUUGGUGCGUACUGUCAUGGUGGCCUGAGAGGAGUCACUGGUUUGACCAAGAGGAAGCCUUGGACCACCAGGCUUUUGAACGCUGUGCUGGCUUCCCGUGUCAGUGCUUGUGAAGGGGUUAGACCCACAUGGUCAGCGUUGAUGUUGAUGCGUGCAGGGGAUGUGGAAGUGCACCGGGAUUGGAGGAAUGAAUGGGGCACACUAAACUUUGUCAUGCACGUUCCGGGAGAGGUUCAAUUAUGGGUCGAGCCCGAUGAGACUCGAGCCCUCACUGAGGUUCCUGUGGCUUUCAAUGCGCGCCGGCACCAUGCAGUGCGAAUGCACCAGAACUGGUUGAUAGUCGGUUACACCCCGUUAGGUACUGGGAAGCUUCAGCAGAGUAGUGUAGCGAUGUUGGAGGCGUAUGAGUUUCCCAUGCCGGAAACCACCAGUGCCCAACAGCAUGUACCUGGAGUUGAUGAUCGUGGGUAUAGGGUUCAGGCAUUGACCACGAGCUCCGAAGAUACGUCGGAGUCGAGUAUCGAGUCUGGUGAGCUGCAAAGACAGAUCGAGGCCACUAGGUUGCGCGAGCAAGUGCCAGACUCUGAUGGUGGGUCUUGUUCGUCCGCCGCGCAGGAUUCUCUGUCGGCUGAUUUGCAGCCGAGUGCCGACUCAUUGUUAAUCGGUUGGGACUUCAGUUCUGGAAACCCAGGUGAUAGACCGCAGGAGGCCCUCGAGAAUAUCGAUCUAGCUGACUACCUUACGGUCAGGGGUGCCCAUCAAGCGUAUCGCCAGCUGAGAGCGUUGGGAAUUGAGGUUCCAAACGACCUGCAAUUUCUGUUUGUCGAAGACCUGAUUGAGCACGGUAUCCCAGAGUGGCUGGCCACCAGAAUAAUGCAAGGGAUCCACCCACCCGGGACUAGGAGACCUGAUAAUCCCCAGAACUCUAGCCUAACUACAGGCGAGGUCCGAGUGUUCGAUAAGACCAAUAGGCAGAUUCCUUGGAUCUUUCAGAACCGGACGCUGGGAGUCAGGUGUCCAGGACCCCCGCUGCCCUCUCUAGGCAUUAAACAACCAGAUGCCCUUCGGAGGCUGUCGGACCCUAAGGAGGACACUCGCCCAGGACGCCGCUGGGAUGUCCCUGAGGAGACACCACGUGCAGAUCCAACAGAUUCACCCUCGCCACAGUUGGGUUUAGGCCCACCUUACGAUAACUCCGGGGAGCCAUCCUCGAACCCUGGUGUUCAAGUGAGGUCUGACUAUAACCACGUAAUGUACAUGCAAGAGAUGUGGGGAGAUGAAGAGUGGAUACCCAGCGUUGGAGCAGCAUCCAGUUCUCAGCCGUCGAGGCCAGUUCCUUCUGGAGCCCAGCUUCCUAGUCCAGAUCUAGGUGAUAAUGUAGUCCCGGAGGAGACUAGUGCAGAUCCGACAGAUUCAUCCUCGCCACAGUCGUCUGAAGAAUAUAGAUGUAUGGUAGUCCGUCCUUGUCUUUCCCCUAGCGAAGCUCGUAGCGGUCCUGAGUCGCCAAGUGAGAGUUUGAAGGCGAGACACCAGGGAGCCCAGGGCACUAGGUCAGUGAUCGGUGUUCCGACUGAGGACCCGUUGGGGAAUAUAGGUGCAGGUCAUCCCGCAGCACUGCCGGAUCCAAUGAUCAAUCGGGUCGAUGAGAGUGGAUUCACUCCAAAUGUGGAAGACCUGUUGUCCAAGUUGCAAGGUCCAUUGGAGGUGACGCACAACGUGGCACCCGCUGAAGUCCGGCAGAACUUGGCAGCUUGGCGCCCGGCAGCACAGGCAGAGUUGAGCACGUUUGAGACCAUGGGAGUCAUACGCAAGUUUUACGGAAGCGAAGCCCGUGCUAUCCUCAGAAGUUCGGACUACGAGGUCAUACCGGGGAAACCGGUAUGUACGGUGAAACCUGGUGCCCCUUACAAGAGAAAAUUUAGGAUUGUGUCAUGUGGGAACUAUGCGAAGACAACUGCCGAGUCCCAGCUUUACGCUGGUGGUGCCGGCGCAGAGUCCCUGAGGGCCCUACUUGCCCAUUCGGCCCGACGUGGUCGUAGGGCAUACGGGCUGGAUGUGAAGUCUGCUUUCCUUCUCGCAUCGAUUCCGGAAGGAGUGACGAAGCGCUAUGCAAUGCGGGCACCACGUCUGUUAGUCGAGCUUGAGCUGGCACGGGAGGACGAGGUGUGGAUUAUAGACAGGGCGUUGUAUGGAUUUAGAGAAAGUCCGCGCUGGUGGUCGUUGUUCAGAGACAGUUUUCUUGCAAAGGCAGAGUGGAAUACCCCAUUGGGGAAGGUCACUUUGGAGCAGUUUUCCUCUGAAAGCAACGUCUGGCGAAUGAGGCACGAGAGCGGCUUAUGCAUUGGACACCUGUUGGUCUAUGUGGACGACAUGUUGCUUCUGACAGAGCCAGAAGUGGCGCAGUCGUUCAUUGACUGGAUUAGGGAGUCUUGGGAAUGCACGGGAUUGAAGGAGGCGACAGCCACGGACCCGUUGCGCUUCCUGGGAGUGGACAUUUAUGCUGAGCUGAAUGAUACUGGUGACCUGAUAGGGUACAGCCUGGCUCAGGAGUCCUACAUUGCAGAGUUGUUGCGGAGCCAUGAUGUAAGGUCAAAUUCCCGUGCUACAGCGCCGGUACCCAAGGAAUGGGUGCGUGAACUUCCCCAGGAGGAGGAAUUCUCAGAGAAGGAGCUACGAGCAGCUCAGCGCAUUACAGGAGAGCUUCUCUGGGUGGCUCAGAGGUCCAGGGUGGACAUCAGCUACUGCGUGGGAAUGAUGGCAAGCUGGGUAGCUCGCUUCCCGAAGCAGGUUCUGAAGAUAGGACUUAGAACCUUAGAGUAUUUGGCAACCACGAAGUCUCAUAGACUUAUGUUGAUUCCAGGGAAGGCCGAUGGGCUUAGGAUCUACACGGACGCGUCAUUCGCGCCCCACGGAAGCCACUCCAUCAGCGGCAUAGCCCUUCUUUAUGAUGAGUGUUGCAUUGUUUGGAAGUCGAAGCGCCAAAGCAUCGUUACACUAAGCACAGCGGAAUCGGAGCUUGUGUCAGGUUGCGAAGGGGUUGUGCUAGCACAGUCUUUGGAAGCUUUAAUUUCUGAGCUUGAGGAGGGGCCUUGUGGCAAACAUCUGAUGAUUGAUAACACCGCAGCAGUAACGCUAGCAGGCGGUGAAGGGAGCCAGCGCACGCGACAUUUGCGAGUCCGAUCGUCCUUCAUUCGAGACAUGAUCGAACGAAGGGAAAUCGAGGUGUCGCACUGCCCCGGUGAUGUGCAGUUGGCUGACUGCUUAACUAAGGCCCUAAUGAAAACCCGCCUCGACGACCUGUGUAAGCUCUUGGGUUUAGGACCUCCUAACCCCAAUUCCACGCCAUCACAGGUGUCCCGAGUUGAGACGGACGCAUUACCUUCACAAGGACCCUUCGAGCCCUUCAGCGAGGCCUCGGGGCAAUUCUCCUCCAGGAGUGCCGUGCAAAGGAGUUUCGUGGGUAAUCAUAGAAUGGGGUUAUGGUUGUUAGGUAUGCUACUGUUGGUCCAGGCGGACGUCAAUGAGGCUGCACCAAGCGAUGAAUUUGAAGCAGAACCAUUGGGUCUAGAGCUCUCGCUUUUGGUGGUGUUGUUGGUUAUGUCGAUACUCUUUCUUUGGGAGUCAGGUAGGUACUGUGUACGAUCCUGCUGCAGGCAACGUGAGCCAGUAGCGGUGAGAAUGGUUCAUGCAGACCCUGACGUAGGAGAACAAGAACCCUCCACCGGAAGGGAACGUAGACAGGAGCAGGUUCGUAGAGUCAUUGCCCGUGAGUUGGAAGAGGAAGGUUUGAGGCAAAGGGGUAUAGGCAGUCGAGAGGUUGAAAGUCGUCAGCCCCCCCAUGCGGAAGCUUCCUAUGUUAGAGUGGAAGUGGAAACACGGCCUCAACUCCCUGCUUUGGAUUUGCCGCCACCGCCACCACCACUGCCUUCCAGCAGUUCGGUAUCCAUCCCGACCGAUACCACCUAUGGAUUUCAUGGACUUUCUGGAUUUCCGGCGGUUGAACCGCCACCGGCACCCUUUCCGGCCUUCUUAGAGACUCGAUCCUCUGUCCCGAAUAGUGGUUUAGAGAAAGAAGUCAAGACGGCUAAGGAUGCAUCUACGCAAACUACUUUUGAUCAAGGUUUCACAUUUAGUGAGUUGUGUGAGCUCCACGUGAUGACCACAGCAAGUAGAUCCCCAGGAGCACUACAUCUCUUCCGAUCCUGUCAAGCGCUUAGGAACACGACUUCAGUACAGGACAGGAUGAUAUGUCGCUAUUGCCUCCAGGCUUUGCGGGACGGAAGGGAUUGA